UUUUCAUGUGUGGUGAUGAUUUCUUCUUUGUUUAGAUGGCGAACCAAGCAGAAUCUGGAUUACUCCUUCCUCAUGAUGUAUGCUGUGAGCAAAGGGGUUUAUUAUGUCCAGCUGGAGGACGACAUCGUGGCAAAACCGAACUACUUUGCCACCAUGAAGAAUUUUGCCCUGCAGCUGUCGUCGGAGGAUUGGAUGAUCCUCGAGUUCUCUCAGUUGGGCUUCAUCGGAAAGAUGUUCCAGGCUCCAGACCUGAACCUCAUCGUUGAGUUCAUCUUCAUGUUCUACAAAGAGAAACCCAUCGACUGGCUGCUGGACCACAUCCUCUGGGUCAAAGUCUGCAAUCCCGAGAAAGAUGCUAAACACUGUGAGCGGCAGAAGUCCAGCCUACGCGUGCGGUUCAGGCCCUCCCUGUUUCAGCAUGUGGGACUCCAUUCUUCUCUUGCUGGGAAAAUCCAAAAACUCACAGACAAGGACUUCCUGAAGCCUCUGCUACACAAGAUGCAUGUGAAUCCCCCAGCUGAGGUUUCCACUUCAAUGAAGGUGUAUCAGGGUCACACGCUGGAAAAGACGUACCUUGGAGAGGACUUUUUCUGGGCCAUCACGCCGACUGCAGGAGACUACGUCCUCUUCAAAUUUGACAGACCUGUUAGCAUAGACAGGUUCCUGUUUCGCAGCGGUAACCAGGAGCACCCAGGGGACAAGAUCGAGAACACCACAGUGGAAAUACUGCCUGUUUCGGAAACUGGAAUGCAGACCAAAGAAAAGUACAAGCGAACUGAAGACCGCUUUUACAGGAUCGGUCAGUUUGUGAAAGGUGUGUCAGAAGGCGCUGUGGAUCCGUCUUUCAAUCCCGUCCUUGCACUUCGACUUUCAGUUCUGAAAGACUCGGCUGUGUGGGCGAUCCUCAGUGAAAUACAUAUAAAGAGGAUAGCUGGCUGAUUCUUCCAGACUGGGGCGCAUGAAUGAUAGCCCCUAGGGGGGACUAAAAUCUCCUGGACUGCCUAGGCGGGCGGGGGGCCUCUGGCACCCCCGAAACCAGCAGUGAAAUCAUUAGAGUAGCUCUUCUGAGCUUAUCUGAGGAACGCCACCUCUCUGCCCCCCCCCCCCCCCCCCCCCCCAGCUCUUCAUAAUGUACUUUAUUUUGCUUCCCAUCCAUUGACUUUCUCUCUGCAUCUCUCCCUCACUCUUGUGCUCUUAAUUCAUUUUUAGUGAGAAUGUGAAAACUACUGUCUAACAAACAACGAUGAAGUAUGUGAAGACGUCUGUUCCCAGCUCUGGCUCUCAAAGUGACUGUUUUACUCAGCAGCUUUGAACACAAUCAGAAAAAAACAACAACAACAAAAAAAAACGUCUGGGAUGAAUGAAGACAAAAUCAUCACACGUGGGGAAGAACCAGUCACCUGGCCACUGGUUUACAUGCUGCCAAAUCUUUUCUCUGUUACUCAAUGCUGCCACCUCUGGGUGAGCUGGGGCAUUGCACUGUCACUAGCGCCUCAGCUCAGCCCGUGUGAUGACCAAGAAUGUUGUCAUCACUAAUGGCCGGUCGCUCUCUCUGUUCUCCGCAGCAGAGAGGUGACGGGAGCUCUCGAUCAACACCAGCCCAAACAAAACAAAUGUUUUUUUGUUUUUUUUUUCCAUCACUUCCAGAGAUUUGUCAGUCCCACUCAAAUACUCCUCUUCUCCUGGAAAAACUAAACGGAAAAAACCUCAGGAUGAGCCAGUCAGUAACAACGUCGACCAAUAGGCCAGAUUCAGUGGCAACUACCCCAAUCCAUCAAGAAAUGAAAACCAUAACACCUUAUCUAUUUCACCUCCUGUCUGACAGGUCGUGUAUGACCUCAGUGUCCAUUUAUAGUAAACCAAUCAGACAUUGCCUUGGCGUCAUUUUCCCGGAGGAAUAUAUUGUUAUAUUGAUAUAUUAUUACAGCUACGACGAUCUAUGAAGGUGACUUAAUUUAUUUGAAAUAAAUCUUUAAUUUGUACAAGAGGUAAAAAUAUAUUUUUAUUCUAUGAAGAGAUGUUUAUGUCGGUUGGGAGUUGGUUUUUGGGUUUUUUUUUGCAUUUGUGUUAUGUUUUCUUUCUGGAUUUCUAUUGUACCUUUUUUUUUUUCACAUUAUUACAGCUACUUGUCUGUUGGUGCAAGUAGCUGUGCCUGUUUCUCUUUUCACUUGAAGUGUUACGUUUCAACUAAAAAACGAUUAAUUUCACUGCUAACAAAAUACUGAAUGGUAGGAGGUGUGAAUAGAUUCUAUUGAAGAAGUCUUUUAAAUUCGAAAUUUUAAAAUAAUGUGCCUUACACCCAUGUCCCUUGCAAAAAUAGUCUCAGCAACCAAUAAUCCAAUCUGUUCCCAUUCAUGUUGUCCCUACACUUUUGAUUGCUGGAAAUGCUAUUUUUACUUUUUAACACGCACACACAGUCCCAAGUGAUUGGGUUUUAGGAACUAUAUCUCUGUGUUCUCACUUGAAGCCGCGUGAUUUGCACUGUGUUUUCAAUCAUUUUUGUUACCAUUACAUCCUUCACCAUUGUGCUAAAUUUUCCCAUAAAAGAUGCUUAUUCCACUGAUUACUCCAAAUCCAUGCGGCGAUUCCUUCUGUCCGAUCAAAUGUCCGUUUUUUUUUUUUUUUUGAACAUCUGGGCAGAGUAUUGACUACUGAUCAUUGCAGAGUGCGCCUUUUUGUUGUAUGAUUUGGCUGAGGGUUGUGUAGUACUUUCACUGAUUGUAAAUAUAUAAAAAGCAACAAGCAUUAUCUGUC